AUGCACACUCACACGGGAGAGAAGCCGUUUGCAUGUGAGAGAUGUGAAUAUAAGAGUUCUCAGCUGGCGAAUCUCCAGAUCCACACGCGCACUCACACGGGAGAGAAACCCUUUGCGUGCGACACAUGUGAAUACAGGUGUGCUAGUUCUGGCAAUCUUAAGAAACACAUGCGCACUCACACAGGAGAGAAACCGUUUACGUGCGACACAUGUGAAUACAGGUGUAGGACCUCCAGUCAUCUCAAGAGUCACAUCCGCACUCACACGGGAGAGAAGCUGUUUACGUGCGAUAGUUGUGAAUACAGGUGUAGGACCUCCAGUCGUCUCAAGAGUCACAUGCGCACUCACACGGGAGAGAAGCUGUUUACGUGCGAUACAUGUGAAUACAGGUGUAGGAGCUCCAGUCAUCUCAAGGCACACAUGCGCACUCACACGGGAGAGAAACCGUUUACGUGCGAUACAUGUGAAUACAGGUGUAGGAGCUCCAGUCAUCUCAAGGCACACAUGCGCACUCACACGGGAGAGAAACCGUUUACGUGCGACACAUGUGAAUACAGGUGUAGCAGAUCCAGUCAUCUCAAG